GCGACCAGGAAAUGGGGAGCCGCGCGAGCGUGAGGGGAGCGGAGGAGCCGGGAGGACCCAUGGCGGGGCUGGAGCCGGGCCGGGGCCGCUCCGAGGGCUGCGGGCUCCUGCGGGAGGAGCUGAGCCAGGAUGGGGCCUUCCUAUGGGGCCAGCCCCACAUCUUCAUCAUCUUCGGGGCCUCCGGUGACCUGGCCAGGAAGAAGAUCUACCCCACCAUCUGGUGGCUCUUCCGGGACGGGCUGCUCCCCGAGGACAUUCACUUCAUCGGCUUCGCACGCUCCCCGCUGACGGUGGAGCUGAUCCGGGAGCGGACGCUGCCGCACCUCAAGGCAACCCCCGAGGACUCCCCGCUCCUGGAGCGCUUCUUCUCCCGGCACCGCUUCGUGCAGGGCCCCUAUGGGGACGCGGCCCCGUUCGAGCGCCUGGCGGCGGCGCUGGGGCAGCUGCCGGGGGGGGCCCGCAGCCACCGCCUCUUUUACCUGGCCCUGCCCCCCGGGCUCUACGCCACCGUCACCAGGCUCAUCCGGCAGCACUGCAUGGGGCAGGGCUGGAACCGCGUCAUCGUGGAGAAGCCCUUUGGCCGGGACCUGGCGAGCUCGGACGCGCUCUCGGCGCACCUGAGCGCGCUCUUCCGCGAGGAGCAGAUCUACCGCAUCGACCACUACCUGGGCAAGGAGAUGGUGCAGAACCUCAUGGUGCUCCGCUUCGGCAACCGCAUCUUCGGCCCCAUCUGGAACCGCGACAACGUGGCCUGCGUGGUCGUCACCUUCAAGGAGCCCUUCGGCACCGAGGGCCGGGGCGGCUACUUCGAUGACUUCGGCAUCAUCCGGGACGUGAUGCAGAAUCACCUCCUGCAGAUGCUCUGCUUGGUGGCCAUGGAGAAACCGGCCUCCACCAACCCCGAUGAUGUGCGGGAUGAAAAGGUGAAGGUGCUCAAGUGCAUCAGCCCGGUGGCCCCAGAGGACGUGGUCCUUGGCCAGUAUGUGGGGAACCCUGAGGGCCCCCCCGAGGCCCACAAGGGUUACUUGGAUGACCCCACGGUGCCAUCCGGCUCCACCACGGCUACGUUCGCGGCCGCCAUCCUGCGCGUGGCCAAUGAGCGCUGGGAUGGGGUCCCGUUCGUGCUGCGCUGCGGGAAGGCGCUGAACGAGCGCAAGGCCGAGGUGCGGCUGCAGUUCCGGGACGUGCCCGGGGACAUCUUCGGCCGGCAGUGCAAGCGCAACGAGCUGGUGGUGCGCGUGCAGCCCGACGAGGCCGUCUACACCAAGAUGAUGACCAAGAAACCGGGGCUCUUCCUCAGCCCCGAGGAGUCCGAGCUCGACCUCACCUACGGCAACCGCUACAAGGAUGUGAAGCUGCCGGAUGCCUACGAGCGCCUCAUCCUGGACGUCUUCUGCGGGAACCAGAUGCACUUCGUGCGCAGCGAUGAGCUGCGGGAGGCCUGGCGCAUCUUCACCCCAUUGCUGCACAGCAUCGAGGAGCGCAAGGAGAGACCCAUCCCCUACGUGUUCGGCAGCCGAGGCCCCCCCGAAGCCGAUGAGCUGCUGAAGCGCGCCGGGUUCCUCUACGAGGGCACCUAUCGCUGGGUGAACCCGCACAAGCUCUGACCCACAGCGCCCCAUAGCGCCUAAUGGGCCCCAUGCUCCCCCUGGCUUCCACCUGCCCUGGCCCCUGGGCUGGGGCUGAGGGCCCCUCCUGCCCCAUAGCCCCUCCAUUCUGCCCCAUAGUGCUGCUAACCUGCCCCAAAGCCACUCCAUUCUGCCCCAUAGUGCUGCUAACCUGCCCCAUAGCCAUUCCAUUCUGCCCCAUAGAAACUCCAUUCUGCCCCAUAAUCACUCCAUUCUGCCCCAUAAUCACUCCAUUCUGCCCCAUAGUGCUAACCUGCCCCAUAGCCACUCCAUUCUGCCCCAUAGCGCUGCUAACUGACCCCAUAGACACUCCAUUCUGCCCCACACCCAUCCAGCCUGCCCUAUAGUGCUUCCAUGCUGCCCCAUAGAUACCUCAUCCUGCCCCAUACCCCCACCCCCCCCCCAAGCUGGGACCAAAGCACCCCCAAUGCCCCCUAACCCCCUCAUUACCCCCUUCAUACCCCCCCCCAUUAACACAGGCCCCUGUUCAUCAUCCCCUUCCUGUGGUACGUACGGGGCAGCCCCAUAACACUUACGGGUCCAGCCCCACAUCACUUAUGGGUCCAGCCCCACACAAACCACCUCCAUUUGGGCCCAGCCUUUAUUUGCCCCCUGGGACCACACAGUGGAGGGGGAGGUGAGAAGGUGCCACUUAUGGGUCCGGGGGGGG